AUGGCAGCAGAAGGUAACUUAGUAGUGCAUACUAAGAAGGCUUUUGGUUGGGCAGCUAGAGAUCCUACUGGUGUUCUCUCACCUUUCAAUUUCUCUAGAAGGGAAACAGGUGAGAAAGAUGUAGCAUUCAAGAUAUUGUAUUGUGGAAUAUGUCACUCUGAUCUUCAUAUGGCUAAAAAUGAAUGGGACAAUUCCAUCUAUCCACUAGUUCCUGGGCAUGAGCUUGUGGGUGUAGUAACAGAAGUUGGAAGCAAAGUAGAAAAGUUUAAAGUUGGAGACAAAGUUGGUGUGGGCUACAUGGUUGAUUCAUGCAGAUCGUGCCAAAACUGUAAUGACGAUCUUGAAAAUUACUGUCCACAAUAUACAGCCACAUCUAGUGCCGAGUAUCGUGAUGGCACGGUCACAUACGGAGGAUACUCCGACUCAAUGGUUGCAGACGAACACUUUGUGAUUACCAUUCCUGAUAGCUUAUCUCUUGAUGUUGCUGCACCACUCCUUUGUGCUGGAAUCACAGUUUAUAGUCCUCUUAGAUAUUUUGGACUUGACAAGCCUGGUAUGAAUAUAGGUGUUGUUGGUCUUGGUGGACUUGGUCAUUUGGCUGUGAAAUUCGCCAAAGCUUUCGGUGCUAAUGUCACAGUAAUUAGUACUUCGCCUAAUAAAGAAAAGGAAGCAAUAGAAUACUUAGGAGCUGAAUCAUUUCUGUUAAGCCGUAACGUGAAUCAAAUGAAGGCUGCAAUAGGUACGUUGGACGGUAUUAUUGACACAGUUUCAGCAGAACAUCCUCUCUUACCACUGAUUGGUUUACUCAAAUCUCAUGGAAAACUUGUAAUAGUUGGUGCAGUAGUGAAGCCUCUGGAGCUUCCUGCUUUCCCUUUACUUGCAGGGAGGAAGAUAAUAGGCGGGAGUAUGAUUGGAGGGAUAAAGGAGACACAAGAAAUGAUUGAUUUUGCUGCUAAACACGAUGUGAAACCUGAUAUUGAGAUUGUUCCGAUUGAUUAUGUCAACACUGCAAUGGAGAGACUACUCAAAGCAGAUGUCAAAUAUCGAUUCGUGAUAGAUAUUGGCAACACGUUGAAACCAAGCUCUUGA